GCGUAACUUUCGUCGAGCCUCGACCCUAACGUCGUUUGUUGUUGUUCAGCAGGUGAUGGGGUCAAGGGAACUCGAGAUGGAAGGGUCUCAAGGGAAGAUUGGGGCCGAGGAACUCGCUUCUCUGUUGGAACAACGAGAUUGGGAGCGAGACAACCUGCCCAAGGUUGACAUCGACUUCUUCAAAGGCGAUCAUGUUUCUGACUUCCUCGACAAGUUUGAACAGAUAGCGUCCCACUGCAAAUGGAAUGAGGAACAAAUGCUGAAAGAAGUGAUAAAGUAUAUCCAUAUAGGUUUGAAGGAGGAAGUCAGUGGGUUGGUUAGAAGAGCAGGGUCAUCGUGGAGGAAGUUCUAUGAUGAUAUGCGGAAUAAGUACCGGUUGGGGGAGGAACAACUGACCAAAGACGAUCUUGAGAAGAUAUAUCGGUAUAGUUAUGUGUCAGUGGGGCACUUCCUGGCAGAGUAUGAACGCGCAUCGCGUAAGGUCUGGGCACUGUCAGAACAUGACAACUGUUUUGUCUUCCUCAUGAACUUCACGAAUGCAGAACAACAAGAUUUGAUUCGUGGAACAGAGGGGAGACUAGUCUGGGAUAAGAUCCGAGAGAACCUUGAACAAAAGGAUUUCGACCAGUACCUCAUCCAUACUCUGAGGGAAGCGAGGAAAAGAAGGAAGGUGUUGGAUAGUGAGAAGAGUGAGCUUGAAAAGAGGUCGAAUGAUCCGGCAGUAGGCACCUCAGAUGCUAAGAAAAAUGGAACUCAGAAGGGCGUUGAGAUCGUCAGGCGAAAUCACAGGUGGAGUACAAAGAAGAAAAAUGCGCCGGGAGGAAAGAGGAAAAAGAUACCGGCUAGAGUGAGAGUGGAUGCAUCUCAUACCUAUGAGAGGAUGCUUGACGCUCCAAACGAGGAAGGAAUAGAGGAGCAAAGAGUUCAGGGAGAAGUUGGUAUGACCCUGCCGCACACUGCAUCUGAUCUUGGUAAGGAGUGUGACGACAGGGGAACAUCGUGAGUUAUAAGUCGGGUUUGACGAAGAAAUAAAAGAGGGCGAGAACG